AUGCGCAUGCCUGGAACCUGGGAAGAGAGUGUGAAUCAGCUGGGCGGCGUGUUUCUAAACGGCCGUCCUCUACCCGUCUAUAAACGGAGACUGAUGAUUGAGCUCGCGAACGAGGGCGUGAGACCGUGUGAGAUCUCCAGAAUACUGAAGGUCUCCAACGGCUGCGUCAGUAAGAUUUUGGGCAGGUUUCAGCGCACAGGGUUCAUUGGUCCUAAAGCAACGGGAGGCAGCAGACCCAGACUCCUGACUCCUGAUGUCGUCUCCAUCAUAGCGCAGCACAAGCGGCAGAACCCCGCUCUUUUCGCCUGGGAGAUCCGACAAAAACUGGCUACAGAUCGAGUAUGCAGCGGAGAUAAAGUCCCCAGUGUGUCUUCCAUAAACCGGAUUCUUAAGAAGAUUCAUCUAGAUGUGGACAUGGUGGGCAGUUCAUAUCCAAAUCAGAGGAGGUUACACACAACUGCUCAGACAAAUCAGCAACAAUUGAACACGAACCUGCGAAGCACCUGUCAUCGCAGCAGAACAGCUUUCACCACAGAUCAGUGCGAGAGGUUAGAGAAAGAGUUCAUCCGUGGGCUUUAUCCAGACCUGCUGACCAGAGAAAAGCUGUCUGAGGAGACAAACCUUCCACAGAACACUAUAAAGGUUUGGUUCUCCAAUCGCAGAGCGAGGAUGAGGAGGGAACAAAAUGAAGAACAAAGUGACUGUGGAUCACUGGGUGUAACUAGGCCGGGGUUUCUGGGAAGCAGGAAUGCUUUGAUUUCGUUGUCAGCAACAUCUGGCAGCUCAUUGGACGGUUACAUGGCUCAUCACUCACAAUCCGCUUUUCCACUGGCCCAUCGCAGAGACAAGAGCACUUUCCCAUUGGCUCAUUUGAACUCAAAUGCAGCGUCAACAUGUCCAUUGGAUCACACAGAGAGUUUGAUGCCGCCAUGCAACCAUGGUAAUGAGGAAUCAGUUUACCGAUUUGUUCCCUUUAUCACAGAUGAAAGGAUCUUAAUGGCUGAUCAUUCACAGUGGGCUUCUCAUCAAACUCUGAUUGGACAGAAUGUUUCAAUGUUUUGA